AUGGUCGUGGACACAAAAUGUACAUUCGGCACCCGAAUGCCGAUAGACAUACACAUGUUGAACGAAAUGAUUUACAGAGAAGUGAAACACUUCAGGAAUUAUAAGAUUUACAGACCUAACUUUGGAUCUAUACCGGUAACUGGUAAGUUCUACGCUGCCCACGACCAAUUAAAAGCUGAAUCUAAAGAACAAAAGAAGAAGGUGGAUGAUUAUCAUUUCAAUGUAGCACAAACGAGGGCUAAGGGACCACACAGCAAGUACCCAUCGCCGGCUACCGAGAACCAAGUCUACGGUUGGUACGACAAGCCACUGGUGCCAAUGGACAGGAAUGAUAGACGCUUCUACUUCCCCAAGAGAGAGAGCUCCCACACCAAGGUCGAAAUCAUCAUACUCAUGUCUAAUCCAAUGAAAAAAGCAUAA